GGUUCAGUGUGUGCUGCUACCUUUGACCAGCAGGAUGCAGAUGUUGUGUGUAGAGAGCUGGACUGUGGGGCUCCUGUACAGGUGCUGGGAGAAGAUGCUUUUGGAAAAGGAGACGCUCAGAUGUGGACACAAGAGAUUCAGUGCAGAGGAAAUGAGUCUUAUAUAUCUUUCUGUCCUACAUCAUUUUCUCUCAAACAAGACUGUACCCAUGAGAAUGACAUUGGACUGUUAUGUUCUGGUUAUACUGACCUCAGACUGGUUAAUGGUCCUGACAUCUGUUCUGGUCGAGUUGAGCGUCAGUACUUCAGUAAAUGGGGCACAGUGUGUGAUGCAUGCUGGGAUAUGAGAGCUGCCAGUGUCCUCUGUAUAGACAGCUGAAUUGUGGAAUUGCUGUGUCUGUUGUGGGAUCAGACUGGUUUGGAGAGGGAAGUGGUGAAAUCUGGGCUGAUGUGUUUGAUUGUGACGGGAAUGAAACAAAACUCUCAGAAUGUUCCAUCUCUUCAUGGAGUCGAGCUGAAUGUUCUCAUAGACGAGAUAUUGGAGUCAUCUGCUCUAAUUCCUCUCUGGCUGUUCAUGAUGGUCUGGUGCGGUUGUCUGGAGAGAGACAGUGUGAGGGGGAGGUGGAAGUUUCCAUCCAUCAGGUCUGGAGGAGAGUUCUGCUGGACUCCUGGAGUCUCACUGAAUCCUCUGUGGUCUGCAGACAGCUGGGCUGUGGCUCUGUGCUGAACUUCUCCAGCUCCUCUUCAUCCAGUCCUGAACACAGUCAUGAGUGUGUGACGGGCUUCCAGUGCUCUGGGAGUGAAGCUCAUCUGGGGAACUGCAGCUCUCCACAAACUCUCAACUGCAGCUCCACACAACAGCUGUCAAUCACCUGCCUUGGUCGUGGGUCCAUCAGGCUGGUGGGUUCUGGGGGAGACUGUGCAGGGAGGCUGGAGGUUUUUCACAGCGGCUCAUGGGGGACAGUGUGUGAUGACUCCUGGGAUAUUAAAGAUGCCCAUGUGGUGUGCAGACAGCUGCAGUGUGGAGUGGCCCUCAGUAACCAGCAGGUACCAGUCUAGUUUGGUCCUGGUUCUGGACCCAUAUGGCUGGAUGAGGUGGAGUGUGAGGGGAAUGAGACGUCCCUGUGGAGCUGCUC